AAAAAAAAAAAAAAAUGAUAACAAUAGAAAAAUCAAGUUAUUGAAGCACUAUUUUGAUUUUCGACUUAAUGGUGGCUUUCCAAAAAAAUCGUUUUUUUUUUGCAAAAAGUUGACACUAAGAGUGGCUUAAAAAUCGCGAUUAUAUAAAAAAAUCUUAUUCCUUCCAAUAUUAUCUCACAAAUAUAGCUAAGGUGAUCGUGUAAAAAUUUCAAGUCGGUGCAUUCGUUUCGGAGUAAGUAACACUUAGUGUGAAAUUUUGAAAAAAAAAAAUUGUUUCUAAUUUUUGCAUAUUUCGAUAGUAUAGGUAUACAUAUCUUUGAAAAUAACAUAUUAAAAUUUUAUAUGAAAAUUUCAAAUAUUUUUUGAGUUACAGCCUUCUAAAGUGUGGCUGAGUGGCAGUUCAAUCAGCUCUAACAGUUUAUCUUUAAACGCGUUUUUCUUGAAACAGCAAUUUUCGAAUUUGCUGCUUGUUUUUAGAAACGCCGCAACUUUGUCAAUGUUUGAUUUUUUUUUAUUGUAGGUCGUUAUACGUAGAAUUACUUUUAGUUUAACGAGAUUUUUCUAUUUUUUUGUGCGCCAUCGGAGAUCUCGUAUAAUUCAAAAAAUAUUUUUUUUCAAAAAUUUCACUAUGCUUUCUUGAAACGUGUACAAAUAUACCCCGAAAAUUUCAAAACAAUCGAUACAGUAGUUUGUUUUUUUAAUUCUCAAAAAUCGACGCUUUUUAGGCUGUCACACUAGGUGUGCCCCUUAAAGUUUUGGGAGCCGAACACACUAAGUUUAAAAGCUUUUUAUAAGUAUGCUCAUAACGCCGAAACUAUUUGCCGUAUCAACUUCAAGAUUUCGGAGAAUAUUCUCAAAUAUAUAUAUGUACAUUCAUUACAUAAGCAAAAUGGUCAAAGCAGUUGGGAGAGUAAACUCGUGUUGUGCUAGUAAUCAAUAUUUCUACAAAGUACGAGUAUAAAUAUCGUCUGAAUACGAACUGCUUGUUUUGCCAUAAUAUUUUUGGUGAACAUAUAUUAACUUGUAUGCCUACCAAUAGGUCUGUUAUUUUAAUUGUUGUUGUAGUCUAACUAUAAGAUGAUCGCCACCAGAUCUAAUGAAAUCUCAUUACAAUCACCAGUACUUAAUAAAGCUUAAUAAAAUGCGUUGAUCAAAACUGCUAAAAACCAACUUUUCCAAAAAAAAAAAAAAAAAAAACACACAAAUAAAAAUAAUCGUGGAAAAAUGUCAUAUUCUUAUAUUAAGCCGUUUUGUUUGAUCUAUGGAGCAGUCUCUUAUGGAUGCUCUCCCUUUCGCAUUUUGAGCUCUCUUAAUUUCAUCUAAUUAAUUAAAUUUCACAAAUUGUUAUUAAUCAUUAAAUUAGCUGCACCUUUUAGGCGCAUGCAUAUUCAAAUAACAUAAUUAAAUCUAGUUUUAUGCAUUUUGCAGAAUUUUGACCCGCUUACCAGUGUAAUUAAUCAAUACCGGUCACGCUACCCAAGCUUAAGGCAAAAUUUUUUUAUUUACACAUAUAAAUGUGUCUGCAUACACAUACAUGCAAGUCCAUAUACACAUGUAUAUGCAGAGUUAAACACAAGUUUACAUUAAUUCUUUUCUGUUUUUGUUUUUUUUUUUCAAAUCACAGCUUAAACAAUCGAUUGUUUUUAUAAUUACAAUGUUUUCUAUUUCGUGUCGAGCUUUUUUGCAUACAAAUAAAAUUAUAAAAAAUAUGUAUAGCGCUAUAUGGAUAUACAUAUGUAUGUAUAUGUGCACAUGCUUCGCUUCGUAGCGCCGAGUUCAUUCGUGGACCAAACGCUGAAAAUCCACAAACGACAGUACUUUGUACAACCGGUGCACAUACAUACAUAUGUAUGUAUGUAUAUAUGUGUGUGUGCUACCAAACGGUUGAACGUUCAUACAUAACGACGAUUUCCGUAGUUUAAAUUUUGUUCUGCACAAAACAGCCGUGUGCCGUGCAGUUUUUGUAUAAAUACGAGUAUGGAAAAGAAUUUUCAGCUUAUUGUCAGUUUAUCGCUUUGAUAGUAAAGUUUACGCCUAGUUUAUUUAACUUUCGCACGGUGUAUUGUAUUGAAGCUUAACACCUGUCAAUAUGUUUCGCUUGCUGCUACUUACCGCCUGCUUGGCCGUGCCCGCCUACAGCUACUCAGCUGGUGCGCCCACAAACAUCUGCUCUAACGGUUUAACUCCCGAACAUGGUGUCGAUGGCCAGACCUCGCCGGUGCCAUAUAGCUUCUCGGGCGACAGCAAGGCACAGAAUGGCAAAGUUUCACUCACGCUCGGCGGUUCGAAUGGUUUCUUGGGCUUCGUAGUGCAGGCGCGUGAUGCCAACGAUAAGCCAGUGGGUAAAUUCAAGGUGGUCGAAGGCACUAAAUCCCAAACGUUGACUUGCGGCAAUGCUGAUGACACACUCACCCACAAGAAGAUUUCGCAUGACAGUCCCAUUAAGAGCGUAGCUUUCGAUUGGGAUCCAACCGGUUAUAAGGGUAAAGUGAAAUUUGUUGCCACAGUUGCUCAAGACGGUGGCACCUAUUGGAUCCGUAAGGUGCUCAAGGAGGUCGAAGUUUAAAUUUUAUAAAUUGAAUGUAUUUUUUUUUGUUUAGAAACUUAAUUCGUUUUUACAAAUUUAUAUGAAAUCUAAAAUACCAUUUGUAGGAAUUGAAGAUGUGAAAUAAAACUGUAAAGUAUUUUUGUGUGAUAGAA